UGUGGACGGUUUGCCCUUUUUCUCCGCCAUGCCUUUGUUCAGUAGACGUCCAAAGACACCUAAGUCCCGCUCGACGUCGCAAUCCCCUGGCCCAGCGUCGAGGAUCCCCAAACCAGAUGAACCACCUCCUGCCCUACCACCCAUCCACUUCCCUAAGCCAUUGAACGGUAACACGGAGGACCUUGACAUGGCGAAGCAACUCGAUGGGGCUUUUCAGGCCAUAGGAGACGCUGGUGAAGAUGUUCAGGAUUACAAGGGCUCAAGAUCCCUGAAAGUUCUGAACAUAACCAGUACGGCGGUCAACUCUAUCCAGACCAAUGUCGCUAGUGCGCAGAGCUACUCGUCGCCGAUGAAGACGGUAUAUGAGAGCGAUGCGAUGAAGACUAUCCGCGAGGGCGUGAACACCCUUGUCGACAGUCUCCCGGGCAUCGUGAAGGCUUUGGACGAGGUCGCCAAAAUUCAUCCGUUCAUCGGAAUCGCUGUGGGCGCUUUCCGUGUCGUUGUUGAGCUUGAUAUGAAGCGCCGGGACAAUGACAAGAAAAUCGGUGUGCUGUUCGUCGAGAUGCGCGACUUGAUGGAAGCGCUUCUUCAGCUGCGCGGAAUCAAGGACGAGGAGUCCGUCGGGCCCGAUGGCCAGACGAUCAAGGCCCGUUUACAAGAACUCGUCAAACAGAUCUCAGAAGACAUCAAGACCUGCGCGAAUGCGUGUGAUACCUACGCGAAAAAGAAGCUCAUCGUCAAAGUUAUCAAGGGCAGCAUUUGGGACGGGACGCUGUCAGGCUUUAUCGACCUUUUCGCGAAACGCCGCAAGGCGGUCACCUUCGCACUUUCGAUCCACAUCGGCGUAGGCGUCGACGACGCCAAUCGGAGACUGAAGGCUAUCGACGCGAAGAUAGACAUGGUGCUAGAUUUCUUCUCCAAGGCCAUUUCGCCGGAGCAGCUCGAACUCGCCGCUCUCGUGCAAAAGAAGGGUGGGCCGACGGUGGUCAUGGCCGACAACGUCGCGCUAAAGGAGUUGAUGAAGUUUCGCCCUGCUGUGGCUAGUGACCAGACGAAGCAAGGGACCGGGAAGGAUGUGGGGGAACACAAUAGCCAUUCAGAAGGAGAUGACUUGGCCGUAGUGAAGCAGGAGCUGUUCGACAGCCCCGAGCUCGCCAUUAAGAAGAAUUUGGAGGUGUUUGAGCGUAAGUUCAAGAUGCAGCAGAGGGAGCUGGCUGAGGAGAUGCGACGGAUGGUACACCAUGAAGGCGACCGUGUUAUAGAAGCGAUCACCUCUGGUCCGCACGACAGGAUCAUCGAUCCUGACAUUCACGAAAUCUGGAAGGACAUGCGAUGGCCUGGACACGUCAAAGCACGGCACUUCGUACUUGCGCUACGCGACUUCUACCGCCAGCAGGCAGAGAAGAAGCGUAAGACUCACGCUCAUGGAGAAGCUCCCGUGAGCAGGGUGGCGGAUAAAGACGAAUGGGCUUUGGAAUGGAUCAACAUCAACAGAUUACAGGCAAUAGCGGAAGCAUUUGACGAUGACGCGUCGGGGUUCAUUACCAUCGCUGAAGUCAACCAGUUCACUGCAUCGCGACCGAAAGGGUGGAGCCUCCCUCAUUGGCUUGCCUACUGGGCGAUCGGAUGGCAGAUGACCGCAACGAAGUAUAGGGACAUGAUGGUAGAGAUCUUCGCGAAGAUGUUCGCUAUCCGACCGCAGGUUCAUCCGGCGAACCGGAACGCAGUCGAUAAAUACUUGCGAACGGUGUGGCGGAAGCUAUCCACGCUGACGUCUUCCCUCGUCACCACCUACCAAUCCGAUGCUCUUCAAGAGCGUUUCAAAAGUUAUGUCGAAGAAGAGGAACAGCGUCUGCGCGAGGGCUUAGAGACAGUCAAGUAUGACAUUGAUGCAAUGGACACUUUGUUGCUCACCACAGGUCCCGGCCGCAUAGAGAAGUAUCUCUUCCCUCUUCUGUGGCUUCUUCUACACCGCGACUUCGAGAUAUUCCGCUUGUGUCGAACGACGGUCAUCCACAAGGACGAGUUGUGGGAUUCUGCCGACACCAUAGUCUGGGUCUUUGAUGCCAUAACAGACCGCCAUAACGAUCUGCUAGCCUCAUUUAAACAGCAGAAACUGGAUGCCACCGAACAGUUUAAGGUCUUCGCAAGCGAGCUGUUUGACUACUGGCACGACUCAGAGAAGUUUUGGUCACUGGACAACCUGCGGACGCUUGAGUUCAUGGAAGUCGAGUACGACGACUCGAAAGAGGACCAGGAUGUCGACGUCAACAAGCUCCUCAACUAUCCGUCUGCUGGGGCAGACUUGUACCCUCCUUGUGUGGAGGACCCUAUUACGGAGAAUGACGCAGCGGCUGACGAUGCUGUACGCCUGAUUCUAGGACGUUGGAAUGGUUUCCUGAUCAGCGAGGGCGACAUCAUCACAUCCAUGUAUACGUUCUGCUUCCACGCGUCCAUGGACCAUAAGACAUACGAGGCGAGUGCAAAUGGCGCGAACGGGACGGAUUAUAACUUGAUUGGGGACUACACGACGAAGGACGAUGGGACGGUCGAAUACAACAUCUCGCGCUCAUACAUCGCACGCUUCCGCAAGUCGUACUGGACGGGUAGGCUCGAGGACGACGGCGAGACGCUGUCCGGGAGGUGGGGAUACGAGAAGGACGAUCAGCCAUACACGUUCCUCUUCAAGCGCGUACCACCCGAAGUACUCGUCGACCGGCCACACCCCAAGGAGUUCAAAGAGAACAGGAUCAGAGCGCUAUGGAAGUACGCACUCACCGUGGUGCGCAAUGACGUACGAAGGAAGAUGUUCUCGUGGUCGUAUAUUAAAGAACGGCGAGACCUGCGGCUAGAGUACUUGAAGCUCGCACAGAAAGAGGAAGAAGGCAUUCUGACCAGCGAGGACGUCGAACGGUUCGGAGUGCUCGACCAGCGCUCGACGUUCAACGACGUGCGGUGCUUUUACGUCCUGCAGGACAUCCGGCAGAGAUCCGUCAUCGAGCAUUUCGGAGUUAUCUGUGACCACUGUGGCGAGCCAAUUCUCGGCACGCGCAUAGUCUGCAUGGAGUGCGGAUCUCGGUUCACCUUCGAUUUCUGUGACAAACUCGCAUGCGUCGGUUGCACGAUCAAGACGCGCGACGAUUUCACCACUCCUCAUCUUCCUACUCACAAUUUCGUCAAGAUCCGCACGGCGAUCCUACACUACCGCGAGAUCGGAAAGGUCCUGCGGAGCGCGAAAGCUGGGCUUGAGCGCGCGAAGAGGUUAUUGGAGGAGGCGAAGCAACGGGAGGACGAGGAAAGCGAAGAGGAUGACAAGGAUGAGCCGACGAACUUGCCGGAAACGAAAGUCGUGCCUGCGCCUUUGAGGCGAGUGACAACGACGAUGUCGACAGACUCUGCGUCGGAGGGCGAGGUUGUCGUCCCGCGGUGUAUCAAAUGUGCGGCUGUCGUCUCUAUGCCCUGUCUCUACUGCAUCGACUGUCCAGAGACGGUUAACGCUUUCAUUUGCUCUGAAUGCGACGAGCAGCAUGCAGGCUUCUUCCACGACGAACACCACCUUGCGACGCACAAUCUUGUCGUCUGCAAGACGCAAGACGACAGUACAUCGGACGAAACAAGCAAGGCGCAGGAGCGGUUAGCCGCUCUUGAGAGUAAAAUGUCGGAGCUCACGAGUCAAUUGGACAGGAUGGAGAAAUUAUUGCAGUCCUUCGCUAUUGUUCGUACCGAGUGAUUCAUCAUGUCGUGUAUAUAGUUUCGGUGGCAUCUGGGAGGCAAACGACAUGCAUUGCAACUUAUAGGCUCGGGAUGUACAGUCAUACACGGGUCCUCGGGACACCAUGGGUCCUCGGGACACUGCGCGUUUUCUGACCCUCCCUCUAUCCUACUGCCUCAGGUUUUUGUAUAUAUCUAUAUAGACUUCUUACAGCUCACCUCUCCUCAAAUUUCAUCAGAGGCGACCCAGAAGUGAAGUCACCAGCCCAGUUUCUGUACAAGAUUUACACGAAAAC